AUGGCCGCUAAAAUUAAUGAGGCUAUUAAACAUGAAUUACAAAAAUUACACAUUGAAAAUGAAGUUAGUACAGUUACGUCAGAUGGUGCUGCCAAUGUGAGAUUGGCAUUAGAUGUAUUGAACACAGAUACAAAAAGAAUUUGGUGCAUGGCACACCGUCUCCAUUUAGUCGUUACAAAUGGUCUUUGUCUAUGGUUGAAAAAUCGCAGUGGUGGUAAUGAUGAAGAUUUUUAUGAUGAUAGUAUGACAUUAAUUUCAACAGAAGAUGAUAAUGAUAUACAAAAAAAUAGUUCAGCAACAACAAUGAACAGUUCAAAUCAGCAACAAGAUGAUAACGAUGGUGAGAUUAUAAUGGAUAUAGGUAAGGGAGAUAGUUCGUCAGAGGAGGAGGACGACAAUGAUGAUGAAAUAGAAGAUGCCGAUGAUGGAAUGAACGAUCAUUGGGAUAAAGGUGUGAUAUGUGAAGAAAAUGGUGAUAUGGCAACUUCUGUAAGAUCGACGACUGGAACAACAGCAACGGAAAUAAUAACAGAAGAACAAGAAU